AUGGUGUUAUCGAAUCCAAAAAGGCAGAGACUCCUAUUACAACUAUCCCAUAAGUCCAUCUCCGUCAUUUCACUGUUAAUGCUCCUCUCCUCCUCCGCCGGUGGCGGUGGUUUUUUGAAAUGGAUCGUGUUCGCCGAAGCUAGCACUGGAAGCACCGGGUCAGGGAGGAGCGGCUGGAUCGUUGGUGGCGCUGGCGGUGGUUUUUGGGGCGCCGCGACGGCUCCUUCCAAUGUUAGUAUAGCCAUCGCUGUCACGGCCAUGGCCGGUAUUGCCUUGGCCGCCACCGUCAAACCGUUAAUGAGAGCCUUAAAGCGAAGCCAUACUCCUUCUUCAUCUUCUUCGCCGUCAAAUUCCUCCUCCUCCUCACCGUCGUCGUCAUCGUCUUCAUCGUGGAUUCAUUUGCGAUCAGUUUUGUUAGUAGUUACUUCCUCUUCAUCGUCGUCUUCAUCAUCAUCUUCUUCCUCACCAGUUUCGAGUAAUCGGGGUGGUCUUAAAUCUCCUUGGUCGCACAGGAGAAGAAAACAUGCGCUUUUACCAAAGCAAUGGAAAAGUUUAUUUAUGCCUGAUGGGAAAUUGUGUGAUGGUGGUGUUAAGUUUCUGAAGAAAGCACGAAGUGGGGGUGUUGAUCCAAGUAUAAGACCAGAGGUUUGGCCAUUUCUCCUUGGCAUCUACGAUGUGAACAGUUCCAAGGAAGAAAGAGACUGCAUUCAAGAUCUGAAAAGAAAAGAAUAUGAGAAUCUACGGAAACAAUGUCGACGGCAGCUCAAAUGCAAUGACAGGAGUUUUAAGUCCAAGGAAGCUACUGGAAUCAGCAGCACUGAGGUCAGUGGGGACUUGAGUCAAGUGAUGGAUUCUACUAGAUUAGAAGAUGUUGCUCUUGUCAGCAGGUCACCUUCCGCUGAGCAAGGCAACUUAGCUGCUGAGGUUUUUGAUUACCCCGAUCAAGCUCCUCAGGGCUCUGACUCAAUAUUGGAAGGAGAUGGUGAUGGGAGUGUGGUCACCUAUGAAGAUGGCUUGGCUGGAGACAUGGAGUCAACUGAUUCCGAUUCCUCUGAAGAACCUGAAAUUGCAGAAUCUUUUCUUGCAACUGAAUUCACUGGCGAAAAUGAUUUUGAUCUGCUUUCUCAGGACAAUUCCUAUUCCUCUGAGACAGAAAGCAAGUUGAAAUCGCAGAGAGAUGAGGAUUUUGCCACAUGGCAGAGAAUCAUGCGUGUUGAUGCAGUGCGUGCAAAUGGUGAAUGGAUAAUGUACUCACCAUCUCAGGCUGCAGUACCUGAGAUGAAGGCACGACGACUGGCUGAGAGUGUAGGGUUGCAGGACUAUGAUCACUUGGAGCCAAGCAGGAUCUUUCAUGCUGCUCGCCUUGUUACUAUCCUUGAGGCAUAUGCACUUUAUGAUCCCGAGAUUGGUUACUGUCAAGGAAUGAGCGAUUUACUCUCACCCAUUAUUGCAGUGAUGGAGGAGGAUUUUUUAGCCUUCUGGUGUUUUGCAGGCUUCAUGAAGAAAGCUCGGCAUAACUUCCGGCUUGAUGAAGUGGGUAUCCGGAGGCAACUGGGUAUGGUUUCCAAGAUAAUCAAGUGCAAGGAUAGCCAUCUCUACAAACACCUGGAGAAGCUUCAAGCGGAAGACUGCUUCUUUGUGUACAGAAUGGUGGUUGUUCUUUUCAGAAGGGAGUUAAACCUUGAUCAAACACUCUGCCUCUGGGAGGUGAUGUGGGCAGACCAGGCAGCAAUACGGGCAGGGAUUGCCAGGUCUGCAUGGGGGAGGAUGAGGCUGAGAGCCCCUCCAAGCGAUGAUCUGCUGCUUUAUGCAAUAGCAGCUUGUGUGCUGCAGAGGAGGAAACUGAUCAUUGAGAAGUACAGCAGUAUGGAUGAGAUUAUGAGAGAGUGCAAUAGCAUGGCUGGGCAAUUGGAUGUAUGGAAGCUUCUCGACAAUGCCCAUGACUUGGUGGUCAACCUGCAUGACAAGAUUUAA